AUGUUGAAGGCUUCUCCCCUGCCAGUAGCUGAAUUACAUAUGAGAGCCGGUUUGCAACCUGAAAAGCCCGCCGAGAAAUUGAGGCUCCUAUGCCCGCAUUGGGGCCAGCCAUCAGACCAUUUGGUGGAUCCUGAGGAGUUGUACGACCAGCCCAUCCCUGUCGUUUUGUUCAAACAAUCCCAAAUGGGCGAACUGCUAUCAAUAGGAAAGACGGCUUCUUCCAUUUCAAGCGGCUAUGUUUCUAGCUAUGGGUGCUUCGUACAGUCGUUGAAAUCCUGUUUCGAGAUUUACUAA